AUGUCAAUUACGAACGAUUUCAUCUGGGCGGCCAGCCCUUCUACCACCAGGGGCCAACCCACCCACCUCUCGUCGGAUGCCAAAGGCGAACGGCUUGCUUAUGCGGCCAAUAAAUCCAUAUUCUUGCGUUCAAUCGACAACCCCGCCAUCGCGACGCAGUACACCGAACAUAAGGCUCAGACUACAGUCGCACGGUUUUCACCGUCUGGAUUCUACGUCGCUAGCGGUGAUGCAACUGGAUUAGUUCGAGUCUGGGACUGCGUCGGCGAAGGGCAUACGAAGGGUGAAUACAGUAUUGUCAAUGGUAGGAUCAAUGAUCUCGCAUGGGAUGGGGAUUCCCAGCGUAUAAUCGCGGUUGGUGAGGGGAAACAACGAUAUGGCCACUGCAUUACUUGGGAUAGUGGAAAUACCGUCGGGGAAAUUUAUGGCCACACCCAACAGAUUAACUCCGUUUCGAUUAGGCAACAACGACCUCUGCGAGCUGCUGCUGCUGGUGAUGACAAGAAUUUAGUCUUCUACCAUGGAGCGCCUUUCAAGUUCAACACGGGUAUCCGUGACAAACACACUAAUUAUAUUUAUGGCGUCGGCUUCAGUCCAGAUGGCUCAGCGUUGGUUAGCGUUGGUGCUGACCGGAGGAUCUGGCUUUAUGAUGGCAAGACGGGAGAGUCAAGGGGCCAGAUUGGGGAAGGUGAGCAUAAGGGUAGUAUUUUCAGUGUUUCAUGGUCCAAGGACUCUCGGAAGUUCGUAACUGCGAGUGCCGAUAAGACCGUCAAGGUAUGGGAUGUGGAAGCCGGUAAAGUUUCACAAACAUGGAACAUUGGAGGAGAGGGAAGUACAGAUAUCAAAGACCAGCAGGUCGGCGUGGUUUGGCCCCCGGGCAGAAGUGACAAUCUGCUUAUCAGUUUGUCACUGGGUGGCAAUCUGAAUUAUCUCGCUGAAGGUACUCCUGAGCCUAGACAGGUCAUCCAAGGCCACCAGAAAAACAUUACAUCCUUGACACAGUCCCACUCCAGUAGCGACAAUGGCACAUUGUGGACUGGAAGUUUCGACGGCAGAGUCUGCAGCUGGGACGUGCCCACUGGAACUGCGGAGGAGGUGGACGGCGAAAGUCACUUGACGUAUAUUGCAGGCCUUGCGCCGAUAGAGGAAGGCAAUGGUAGAAUCUACAGCGUGGCCUGGGAUGACACCAUCAGAUCUGUGGACGUUGGGGCUAAAACAUACAACGGAAGCUCUUCCAAGCUAUCUGGACAGCCUAAGGGUAUCGCUGCAGCUGAAGCGGUAUUGGUAGGGACCUCGGAGAGUGUUGAGAUUUACAAAGACGGCCAGAAGAUUGGCGACUUCAAGUCAAAGUUUACCAUAACUGCUGUGGCAGCAUAUGGAAGCACUGCAGCCAUCGGCAGCGAUGAUUCAACUGUUCAAAUUUGCGAAAUCUCGGGCGCUACUUUGAUUCCUAAGACGGAUAUUAAAGCUUCUCGGAAUCCCGUGUCCGCAUUGGCUUUCUCGCCGAACGGUUCCCUGCUGGCUGUUGGUGAUUCACGCGGUCGCGUUCUUGUUUACAACGUCGCCGAUGCCAGUCUAGUCACAGACCGUUGGACGGCACAUACUUCGCGGAUCACUUCCAUUGCAUGGAACGAAGACGGUACACACGUUGUGAGCGGAGCGUUGGACACCAAUAUAUUCGUGUGGAACUUGGCCAAACCUGGAGAGUGGCUUCAAGUUACUAAUGCUCACAAAGAAGGUGUCAACGGUGUAGCCUGGGUGUCGGGAAAAAGAGAAAGAGGACGAGCCACCGUUGCUAACCACAAAUUUGAUACGAAGCUGCGGCAGGCGACGUUUGUCCUACCUAAAACCGGUCAACGCUUGAGAGGUCUAGUUACUCUACGAAGCCCUCAUCCCGAAUCGAAUGGCCACGAUGACGAAGAACGCCGCGGGCUACUCUCCGGACAAUAUUCCGUGGGCCGGGAAGGGAUACCUUUACGCUUAUGGAGAAAGGUGCGAAAAACAGAACUUUGGAUACAUCGAGUUAUUUCUACUGAGCUAGGAAUCGGUGUCCUGAAAUGCAGCCUAGCCUACUUAUUGGGAUCGCUUGCAACUUUCGUGCCAGCGAUCGCUUCGUGGCUAGGCCAUCAAGAUGGCAAGCAUGUUGUGGCCACCGUUACAGUCUACUUCCACCCAGCAAGGUCUCAAGGGAGCAUGUACAAGGCAUCAAUUUGUGCCUUCCUAGCGUUUCUCUACGCUGCUUUCAUCUCUUUGACAAGCAUGUGUGUCUCUAGGUUCUUUCAGGACACCCUUGACUUACUCCCACUGGGCCAUGCUGUAGUUCUCAUAGUCUUCUGUGGAGGUGGUUUAGGAUUUAUUGGAUGGACAAAGCAAAGACUGGGCGACCCCCUUGUGAACGUCGCCUGUUCCCUUGCUUCGCUGUCGUCCAUUACCGUCUUGACAAAAGAAGGCUCAGUACAGAAUGGGAAUUUGUCGUUCGCUAAAAUUUUUCAGGUUUUGAAAAUGGUCGUGAUGGGUGUAGCUGCGGCCAUGGCUGUGUCAUUUAUGAUAUUUCCAAUAUCUGCACGGAAAAAGCUACGGUCAAACCUCACCACUGUCACCGAGACGCUAGCAACGAUGCUAGCCUUGAUUACUGAGAGCUUCCUCACUGGAUCUGAAGAGGAGCUUCAGACUGAAGAAUACCUAAGUGCAGCUGCGCGCCAUAAGCAAGCAUACAGUCAGCUUGACAAACUAUUAAGAGAAGCGAAAUUGGAGCAUUUUGUUGCAGGUACAGAGAGACAGUACAGGCUGGAGAAAAAACUUGUACGCUGGGUACAAGACAUCACUCAUAACAUGGGCGGCUUGCGCAGUGCGGCUCUCCUGCAGUUUCAGCUGCUAAAGCAAACCAAACUUGCCAGGCCAAUGCAGUACAAUAGCGAAGCAGAGAUUAUAAAUGGGAUUCAUCGAGAAUCUUUACCUAGUCCAUGGUCAGUACAUGAGGAGCGACCAAGUUUGGAGCCGAUAGAUGAGAGGCCGGAAGAAGAGGUCUCGGAUUCAGGAAGAGACAGGCCGAAUUCAAGUCCGGAAAGAGAGAUUUCUGAUUCAGAAACUGAUCACGUUCUUCUUCCUGCGGAUAUUUUCGCACUAUUUAUCGGUCAUUUAGGGCCUUCGAUGCGAUCGCUUGCAUUCACUUUAAAAGAAAUCUUCAAGGAGAUUCCUUUCAAGCCUGCACCGGAUUACAGAGUCGCAAUCAAUAGUAGGUUCCGCACCAGUCUUGACCGGGCACUUGAUCUCUAUCGAGGAUCCCGAGAAGAGGCGUUGAAGACUAUAUAUCGACAGAAGGAUGUCUUAGACAUCCAGACCUUGGAAGUCGAAGCGGAUCUUGAGGAAGUUGCUGCCAGCUGCGGCCAUUUUAGUUUUUCGCUUCUGGAAUUCGGUGAACAGCUAAAGGAGCUGCUAGCAAUCCUUGAUGAGUUGCAACUUGAAGCUGAGGAGAGGCCUAGUGGUAGAUCCUGGAACUGGCUGAGGUUUUGGUCUCGACGAAAUGCUUGGCGGCCAUUGGUUGAAGCAGGUUUCGUACAAGGUGGUGUUGAGCCUCAAUUGGUGGUCGGUAACACUGAGCCACACAGUAAAACAUCGUUAUCAACCCUCCUUCCGGGAAACAUGUCGGGGGAAAAAAGCUUUGGUUAUCGUAUCUGGAAGUCACUCAAGAUCUUUCGACGGGAUGAUACCAAGUUUGCUAUCAAAGUAGGUACAGGUGCGGCACUCUAUGCUUUGCCAUCAUUUCUCCCGUCCACAAGACCAUUUUACUCUCAUUGGAGAGGCGAGUGGGGUCUUUUGUCGUACAUGCUAGUUUGUUCGAUGACCAUCGGUUCUUCAAACACCACCGGCUAUGCCCGUUUUUUGGGUACCAGCUUAGGGGCACUCUGCGCCGUCAUUUCGUGGUUCGUGACUGGUGGGAACGUGUUUGGCCUCGCAUCUCUGGGGCUAUUCAUGGCUACGUGGACGUCGUAUCUCAUAAUUGUCAAAGGGCAAGGUCCGAUGGGCCGCUUCAUCAUGCUUACAUACAACCUCUCGGUGUUGUACGCGUACUCCCUGAGCCAGAAGGAAGGGAACGAUGACCAGGACGAAGGGGGCGAAAGUCCGAUUAUAACUGAGAUUGCUCUUCAUCGUGUUGCAUCUGUUCUGUCUGGCUGUAUCUGGGGUAUUAUCAUCACACGAGUGAUUUGGCCUAUCAGCGCGAGGAAAAGAUUGAAAGAUGGUCUAAGCCUCUUAUGGCUUCGAAUGAGUCUACUCUGGAAACGCGGCCCGCUGUCUACCAUGACUAGUAACACGGAUAACUCAGUUUUCAUGAGCCCAAGGGAGAAACUGGAGAUUGAACGAUUCCUUUCGCACUUGGAAUCUCUUCAGGCGUCCGCCCGCUCCGAGUUUGAGCUGAAACGCCCAUUCCCUGAUUUGGCAUACAGUAACAUUCUCUGCCGCACAAGGAGUAUGGUAGACGCUUUUCUUGCGAUCAAUAUUGAGCUUGAUAAAAAUAUGACAGCGUCCGAAGGCGAGCUUAGUAUUCUCCAAUAUACCGAUAAGGAAAGGCAGCAAUUGUCGUCGCGCAUCAGCCAUCUAUUGUCAGUAAUGGCCUCGUCUAUGAAACUCGAGUACCCGCUGAGCGACGUCCUUCCUAGCAUUGAACAUGCCCGAGACCGGCUUCUUGCCCGCCUUUUCCGCUAUCGCAAGGAUCAUGAAGCAUCGCGCCUGUCUACGGACGAGGACUAUGCGUUAUUGUAUGCUUACACCCGUCGCGCUUCUGCGAGCCUCUCAACCAUGCAGAUCGAUCCGGCCGCUCUGAGUCGGACUGAGUCUACAUCGACCGCAAUAACUCCCUCAAAAAAUGCGACCCCUAGCACUUCAACGACUUCGAAGUCUACUAAAGCCCUGAUAUCUGUCCCGCGACUGGAUCUUGAGCCUAUCUAUACAGAACUGAAAGCCGCUAUCGGCGACAGCUGGCCUGAGUACAAGGAGACCACUACUCUCUUCCUUCUAGGACAAUUGAACCAGAAUGAACUCUCGUCUCGCGUUGAUCAUAUAAUUUGCGCCGACCAGAAAACUGAACACCUCCAUAAUAAUUUCAUAUGCGCAAUUAUUGGGAACCUCACAAGGGACCUUCCGGAUCAUGGAGUUGCAAGUUGGGUGUCGGCGAACGACAAACCGUCGGUGGUCUCGAAGCCGACAUCAGGGGAUGCAGCGGAGCAGAGGCUAAAGACGGAGGUCAUGCAGCUUCCUCCUAGAGAUCGUCGGCGAAUAAAAGCAAUUCCUGAGCAUGACCCCGUUGAGACUACACCGAACGGGUUAGAGGAAUAUCAUUUGGCGAAACAAAUAAAGCUGCCCAGCCAAGUACCGGCAAGUGCAGGCGGCCUGAAUAAAACAAAUUGGGAGUUGGAGAUUCGAAAACGCUAUGCACAACCUUUGGCAUCAGAGACUGGUGAAUUCCCAGAUGCUGAAUCCAUUCAUGCUCGUAUGAUCCCUAUAUGCUACGAAGAGUCAAUUGUUAGUGGCGCAGGGCUACCCUGCGCUGAGUUUAUGGCCAUUGCAACGGAAACUUUUGUGAAGGAAGUUUUAUCUGUCGUAUUCUCUCGGACGAGGUCUAACGGACCAUCCGGCACUAUUAAUGGUAUGAUGAUGCGCAAGUAUCGCCAGCAGCUUGAACGGGAAGAAUUAGCUUUUACACGCGGGGAGAUUGUGAAAGAUGGUGCGACAGGCUUGCUACCUGUCGAAGCUAAAGAAGCAAGCGUUAGAAAGCCCCUCGGGGUCAGAGACCUCCGUUUGGCUUUAGAGCUUGGUGGGGGAGUUCUCAGUCAUAUGCCACUGAUUGUGGAUCAAAUAAUGGGCGGCUACCUUGAGGAUGAGCUUGAAACAGACAAGCAAGACCGAGCUGACGAUGUGGCGGAGAUUCCCAAGGAUAGUAUGAAGUUGAACAAUUCGACGGAGAUAAUGGAGGUUGAUGAUGAUGGGGAUGUUGUAUGGGAAGGUGCCACGAUGGCAGACCGAGAACAGCUGGGGUCUUUACUGGACGAGUGCUUGUCCAUGGCCUGUUGA